CACAGCCAAGAGUGAAGAAAACCGUAUGGAUUUCUGAGCCGCCACACACUGACCAGUCACUCUAUAUCUUAAUAAUCUGAGGGCUAUUCUAGUAAAUUAUCGCUCAUUGCUUUCCCCAGUUAAGUUUAACAGCACUCUGGAAGACCGUGCUGAGAUAAUCAUCAUCAUCAUCAUCAGAGAGAGAGAGAGAGAGAGAGAGAGAGAGAGAGAGAGAGAGAGAGAGAGAGAGAGCGCAGAAGAAGCCAGACCGACAGCCCCUCAACUGAAGCGUUUAAUAACAGACGGAAACAUUACCGGCGCAGUACAAACGUGGAUUAUGGAGAAGUUACCAACUCAAUUUUAAGAUAAUUUCCAGACUGGAGAAAAGUGCUCAAAUCCCUCGGAAUGGUUAAAGAGCCAUAGCAAGGAAAUUAAUCACACUCCUCAGUAAGGCCCUAAUGGAGAAUGACACCUCCAUCCCCUCGGGCUACGUCCCACAUUACCUUCUUCUAGGGGAUCCCUUUGCCUCCAAGCUGUCCAAGGAGGCAGACAUAGUGGCGGCGUUCUACAUCCUUAUCAUUGGUAUCUUGUCAGCCACUGGAAAUGGUUAUGUCAUAUACACGACCGCCAAACGCAAGACCAAAUUAAAGCCGCCAGAAUUCAUGACACUGAAUCUAGCUGUAUUCGAUUUUGGCAUAUCAGUCACUGGAAAGCCAUUCUUCAUAGUGUCCAGUUUUGCCCAUCGUUGGCUGUUUGGCUGGCAGGGCUGCCGCUACUACGGGUGGGCUGGAUUUUUCUUUGGAUGCGGAAGUCUCAUUACCAUGACGAUUGUCAGCUUAGACCGCUACUUGAAAAUCUGUCAUUUAAGAUAUGGUACAUGGUUCAAACGGCGUCAAGCCUUUCUCGCUUUGGUUUUCACGUGGAUCUAUGCUGCCUUCUGGGCCACCAUGCCAGUGGUAGGCUGGGGCAACUAUGCACCUGAGCCAUUUGGCACCUCCUGCACGUUGGACUGGUGGCUGGCCCAGGCCUCUGUGUCAGGACAGAGCUUUGUUAUGUGCAUGCUCUUCUUCUGCCUCAUCCUCCCCACCGGCAUCAUCGUCUUCUCCUAUGUCAUGAUCAUCUUCAAGGUAAAAUCCUCAGCCAAAGAGGUCUCUCAUUUCGACACACAGAAUAAGAACAAGCACAACCUGGAGAUGAAGCUGACUAAGGUGGCGAUGUUGAUCUGCGCAGGGUUUUUAAUAGCUUGGAUCCCUUAUGCUGUGGUAUCAGUGGUGUCUGCUUUUGGAGAUCCUGAUUCAGUGCCUAUCCCUGUCUCUGUUGUGCCAACUUUGCUGGCCAAGUCCUCUGCCAUGUACAAUCCAAUCAUAUAUCAAGUCAUUGACUGUAAGAAGAACUGUGCUUCUUGGAGUAAAAAGAAACAUUACAAGACUUCAAGGUUCUACUCCAUCUCUGCCACCCUGAAAAAGAGACCAGCCAAUGAAGUUCCAAUUGAGAUAUGAGCAAAUGACAGGAACUCACAAUGGGCCUGUGAUAGGACACCGGGCAAUUUAUUAUUGUGCAAUUUAGACAUCAACAAUUCACCGACUAACUUUGCUGUUGUAUAUUACUGCCGUCAACUUUACAAACCCUGCAAACACAAUUCCUUUUAAUUUGUUCUUUCUGUGUAUAAAAGAAUUAAGUGGUAAAUAUGAUGUAUUUUUAUAUAUAUAUUUUUUGGUUGUUUGUUUUAUAUUCCAGCAUUCACAGUACCACAACGUUUAAAACAAACUGCUUUAACUCUAAUAUGCCAAUAUACUACUCUGUGUUCAGUCUAUCGUUUUUUCAUUUAGUUUUUGAACAGUAAGUAAACAUAUCUCAUUGAAACAGCAUGGUCAGAGUCACAGAUAAACAAGGAUAUAUAGAUAAAUAUACACAACAUGAGUGCAUCUAUAUUGUUAUUUUUUAUUAAAUUGAAUAGACACUGAUGCACUAAUUGAGACUAUUGAAUUUCUUUACAUUAUUAUAAAAUACGUAGCAUGAUCAUUUUGGGCCAUGUGCAAUGAUUAUAUAUUAGACAUUACAUUGAAGGUGUCUCCUAAAGUUUCAGUCUACGGUCUACAGAUCACAAUUUUCCCUGAAUGGCAACCAGUCAGAUUGUUGUAACUGGAUGUUUGGUUAUACUGUACAAUAGACACAUUAUCACUAUAGUAAUAAAAACUAAAUAAACAAAAUUGAAUAGUUCAGAUUUUUUUUUUUUUUUUUUUCUUGGAAGUCAAAACAUUUAGCAGAAUGAUGAUAUAAUCAUGUGUUGUUCCCCCCAAGAAGAACAACACAUGCUUUAAACCACAAUUUGGUGUGUAGGCUAACUGAAGACAGAAAUGUUUUUGAAUGAAAGACACUUUAUCUUCAGCUUUGGCGUGAAUGAAUGGCGUUGUGGUGUUCUCAACAAAAGCUUAAGGUUCCAAAUGGAUCUCCAUGGGUUCAGGGUUAGGUUCCGAAUGAAUGACCAGAGAUUCCCCAUGAUCUCCUGAGUCUCUGACAACUGGUCCAAAGAUACUUAAAAUCCUUGCAGUCUGUUGUUAGCUGAUCCUCAUGGCUUUGGACUUCCCUCAGCAGUUUAUCCCUUUUUUCAGCAGUUUGAUAUAAUGCCCACGUCUUUUCUCUGAUGCUUUGAUGCCUUUCUGACAGAAAGGUGACGUCCCCUGCAAAUCAAUGCCCCAGUUGCAGGAAGUGGAGAAUGCACUGGAUGGCUCACUGCCUGCCUUCUGUUGUCCUUGUCAUAAUGCAGUUUACAGCACGCAGGAGCCAGAAUAACAACCUUGUCUCUCACCAGACAAUACACUAAACGACCUUUCAUUUUCCAAUGAUAGCUUUAAAAGCACACCUCUCACGGUCUGUUUAAAUUUAUACUUGAAAUGAAUGCCUUUUCAUAUGCUUUAAUCAGCUUGAUGAAUGAUGUAAUAAUGUACAGAAUAUGGUAUGAACGAUCAGCACAUUGAACCUGAAGUGAAAAGUAAUGAAACCAAAGGUAAACCAAUCAUGUUUUGUUUAGGCAGAAUGGGUACACUAUAAUUCUUAAUCAUAUCUGACAGGCUUGUCAAUGAAUAGGAUUGAUGAAACCUAACAAAAACCUAGCUUUUAAGGAAACUAAUUCUUAAAAUCAUCAUUAAAUGAAGGAAUACACUAUUCUACUAUGAAUAACAUUUUGCUUUACUUAUCAAACCUAAGAAAAUGCUUUUCACUAAUGGUCCCAGAGAGCACUUAGAAACAACCAGAAAAUGCCUUGCCAUGUGAACUGAUGUAAAAUGGGGCGGCUGAAGUGUUGUAAAUCUAAAUGGUGAUCUGAAAGG